UUCGGUAAUCUGUCAGGUUUCAUUUCCUCCACUCGUGACAAACCGCACGGUUCGGUUUCCGGUGGACGGAGACGACAUGGCGCUGUUUAUGAGAACGUGCACUUUCGUGGUGCAGCUCGUGACGCUCCCGCUAGUGAUCGCGGAGGCUCUCGGGCUCUACAGGCUGUACAAGCGCUUUUUCCCGUUCCUCAUGUACAAGAUCUCCGCUAGUUACAGCGUGAAAAUGAAGGACCGGAAGCGCGAGCUGUUCCGCGGCCUGGCCCGGUUCAGUCCGCCGCGCGCGCCUCUGCGCGUGCUGGAGAUCGGCUGCGGGACCGGAGUCAACUUCGAGUACUUUCCUCCCGGCUGUAAGGUCACGUGCACCGACCCGAACCCGCACUUCGAGCUUUAUCUGCAGAACAGUAUGAAGCUCAGCCAACACCUGGAGUUUGACAGGUUCAUGGUGACGUCUGCUGAGGACCUGCGGCAGGUGGAGGACGGUUCUGUGGACGUGGUGGUGUGUACACUGGUUCUGUGUAGUGUACAGAACCCAGACAAGGUCCUGCAGGAAGCCAAGAGGGUCCUCAGGGAGGGUGGAGCCUUUUUCUUCAUGGAGCACGUGGUGGCCGAAGAAUCCAGCUGGACCUACUUUUUUCAGCAUGUUCUUCAGCCUUUCUGGUACUAUUUCGGUGACGGUUGUGAGAUGACCCGUGCGACCUGGAAGAACGUGGAACAAGCCGGGUUCUCAGAGGUGCAGCUCCAUCACAUCCAGGCUCCUAUUUCUGCUCUUAUCAAGCCACACAUCAUGGGUUAUGCUGUGAAAUAACCAUAACCACACACACACACACACACACACACACACACACACACACAGUCGUAUUUGAUAUAAUAACUGUGAACCACAUGAUGGUCUUGGCUUCUUUGAUUCAUUCAUAGUAUCAUCCACAUGAUGAAGAACAGCUCAAGCUCCACCUAUUUUGCAGCUUUUUGGUCUGUGAUUUAUUUUCUUUCUCUAAUCUGCACCUAUCAAGUAAUAUUAAUAAACAUCUUUGGACAAUAUUUUUUUCUAACACCAUAGUUUAAUAAAUUCACAUCAGGGAUGAAAAGCCAUGUGUCAGUGUAACCUUAAUGAAAAAGUCUGACAAAGGAUUUCAGAUAAAAAGCAGUUGAUUAUGUAUAGAUGUGAGGUGAUUAUUACAGAACUUUACUGCCAUCUACUGUCCCGGAGGUGUCACUGUCAGCCUUUUUUAAAGAUUAACCGAAUCAUAAUUACACCGAAUCUGACAUUACAAGUCAAUAACAGCCAUGCUGAGGUUCAUUUUAAGCUUCUGCUACAGUCCAAAUAGUUUAAACUUUAGAUCGAUAGUUCUCAGUGCUUUCAGACCUUACUGCAUUCAGAUAUGAAGUUCUCUGUCCAUUCAAAACAGGAGCAACAAUCCUGAUAGUAGGAGGUUUACAGAUAAAUUGCUAGUAAAGACUCAAUAAAUGAUCCAUGUAACUCCACAGAGCUGUGAAAGUAACGCACACAACAUUGUCUUAGAAUUAAACAGCUUAUGUAAGUGUUUAUAUUCAGAGAAGAAAUGUACAAUUUAGUUUAUGUAUUACAAAAACUGCUUUUACAUCCAAAUUUUUCUUCUUAUUCUUAGAAUGAAUAAUAAUAAUAAUUCUGUAUUGCUGGAGUUAUAAAUGGUCGUUUUCUCACAAGUAAAAAUAAAUAUCCGCUUGUUACUGAAAAA